GCGGGGCGGGCGGGGGGCAGGCAGGGAAGGAGGGAGCGGCGGGCGGGCACCGACCCACCCGGCACCCACCCAGCGUCCGCAACCCGCGGGGCGCCGGCCUUCUUGGAGCCUGGGGCGGGCGGCGAUGCGAGCGGCGGCGCGGUGAAGCGGGGCCGCGGCGGGGGAAGGAGAGGGCAGCCCCCCGGGCGGCGGGCCUGCGCUAGCCGUGCCCCGGCGGCGGCGGAGAGAAGCCGGGCUGUGCGGCGCCCCCGCUGCCGCCUCCUCCCCGCCCGCCCUGCGCUCACCCCCUCCCCCUCGGAGCCGCUCCCUUGCCGCCUCCCUUCCCUCGGCUCCAUCCCUUUCCCCGGCUGCAUCUCCUCCCCGCUGGAUGAGGCACCCCCCUUCCCGCUGCUGACCCCCGCGGAUCCCGGCUGUAGGAUGAGCCCGCAGGACUCGGAGGGGGCGAGGCCGCUCCGCUCCCCGAGGAGGAUCUAGUGGGGGGGCACCGACGCGACGCCGCCCCCCCGCCAGGCACCUUGUCCUUCAUGGUGGCUCCCUGCGACCACCAUCUCGGAGCAGACGCGCAGCCCGGGCCCCGUGUGUGUGUCUGUGCGCGCCGCCGCCGCGGCCGCCCGAGUGAGGGAAAAUGUCCACUCGGACUCCAUUGCCCACGGUGAACGAGCGCGACACCGAGAACGAUGUCGGCUCAUCAUUGGGGGAAGGCUUUUGCGAAAAGCACACGUCCCAUGGAGACGGACGGCAGGAAGUUUCCUCCCGAACUGGGCGCUCUGGAGCUCGCUGCAGGAACUCCAUAGCCUCCUGCGCGGAUGAGCAGCCGCACAUUGGAAAUUACAGACUCCUUAAAACCAUUGGAAAGGGGAAUUUUGCAAAAGUGAAACUGGCAAGGCACAUCCUAACUGGCAGAGAGGUUGCCAUAAAAAUAAUUGACAAAACGCAGCUGAACCCAACUAGUCUACAAAAGCUCUUUAGAGAAGUAAGAAUAAUGAAGAUCUUAAAUCAUCCAAAUAUAGUGAAGCUAUUUGAAGUCAUUGAAACUGAAAAAACUCUCUAUUUAAUAAUGGAAUAUGCAAGUGGGGGGGAAGUGUUUGACUAUCUGGUUGCACAUGGAAGAAUGAAGGAAAAGGAGGCUAGAGCUAAAUUUAGACAGAUAGUAUCUGCAGUGCAGUAUUGCCAUCAAAAGCAUAUUGUUCAUAGAGAUCUCAAGGCUGAAAAUCUAUUGCUAGAUGCAGAUAUGAACAUUAAAAUAGCUGACUUUGGUUUUAGCAAUGAGUUUACAGUCGGAAAUAAACUGGACACCUUUUGUGGCAGCCCACCAUAUGCUGCUCCAGAGCUCUUUCAAGGGAAGAAAUAUGAUGGACCUGAAGUAGAUGUUUGGAGUUUAGGUGUUAUUCUUUAUACUCUUGUGAGUGGAUCUCUUCCCUUCGAUGGACAGAACUUAAAGGAACUUAGAGAAAGAGUGCUAAGGGGGAAAUACAGGAUUCCUUUCUACAUGUCCACAGACUGUGAAAACCUCCUCAAACGUUUCCUGGUGCUAAACCCAACAAAAAGAGGCACUCUAGAGCAAAUCAUGAAGGACAGGUGGAUCAAUGCAGGGCAUGAGGAGGAUGAACUUAAACCUUUUGUUGAACCAGAACUAGACAUCUCGGACCAGAAAAGAAUAGAUAUUAUGGUAGGAAUGGGAUAUUCUCAAGAAGAAAUUCAAGAAUCCCUUAGUAAAAUGAAGUAUGAUGAAAUAACAGCUACAUACUUACUGCUAGGAAGGAAGUCGUCAGAGUUGGAUGCAAGUGAUUCAAGCUCCAGCAGCAAUCUUUCACUUGCCAAAGUUAGGCCAAGUAGUGAUCUUAAUAAUAGCACUGGACAAUCUCCUCAUCACAAAGUUCAGAGAAGCAUAUCUUCUACCCAGAAGCAGCGGCGGUACAGUGAUCACGCUGGACCAUCCAUCCCCUCAGUAGUGGCAUAUCCCAAAAGAAGCCAGACUAGUACUACAGACAGUGACCUCAAAGAGGAAGGAAUUCAGUCAAGAAAAUCCAGCAGUAGUGCAGUUGCAGGAAGAGGAAUUGCACCAGCUAGUCCAAUGCUUGGAAAUGCCAGCAAUCCCAAUAAAGCUGAUAUUCCUGAACGUAAGAAAAGUUCGGCUGUUCCUAGUCUUCUCAGUCGUUCCUGGAAAAUUGACCGCCAACUUGGGCAUAUCUCCACCCUCUUUCUCUGUAAAGACAGAGGCAAAAAUAAUACUGCCCCUGGAGCAAUGACACGGCGCAACACAUAUGUUUGUAGUGAAAGAACCACUGCUGAUAGGCAUUCAGUGAUACAAAAUGGCAAGGAGAACAGCCUGACAGAAAUGUUCGCUUACGCAGCUAGCCCUGCUUCAGUUUGUACCACAUCCUUCUCCAGUGUUCGGCUGCGACAUCAGAAGUCGAUGUCCAUGUCAGCCUCUGUGCACACGAAGAUGAUGUUGCCUCCAAUAGACAAUGGCGCAGAUAACUUCAGGCCUAUCACUAUUCCUGAUCAAAGAACUCCCGUUGCUUCAACUCACAGCAUUAGCAGUGCAACCACACCUGAUCGUAUUCGUUUCCCCAGAGGAACGGCCAGUCGGAGCACAUUCCAUGGCCAGCUCCGAGAGCGACGCACCGCGACCUACAACGGGCCACCUGCCUCCCCCAGUCUGUCCCAUGAGGCAACACCACUCUCACAGACUCGAACCAGGGGCUCCACUAAUCUAUUUAGUAAACUAACUUCAAAACUAACAAGAAGAAACAUGUCAUUCAGGUUUAUCAAAAGGCUCCCGACUGAAUAUGAGAGGAACGGGAGAUUUGAGGGCUCAAGCCGCAAUGUAGCUGUGGAUCAGAAGGAUGAGAACAAGGAAGCCAAGCCUCGGUCGCUGCGUUUUACCUGGAGCAUGAAAACCACCAGCUCCAUGGAUCCCAAUGACAUGAUGAGGGAAAUACGAAAGGUCCUGGAUGCCAAUAAUUGUGACUAUGAACAAAGAGAGCGUUUCUUGCUUUUCUGUGUCCAUGGAGAUGGGCAUGCGGAAAACCUUGUACAGUGGGAGAUGGAGGUGUGUAAACUGCCAAGACUGUCCCUGAACGGAGUUCGCUUUAAGCGGAUAUCGGGAACAUCCAUAGCUUUCAAAAACAUUGCUUCCAAAAUUGCCAAUGAAUUAAAGCUGUAACAAGAAAAAUAGUUAAGUUGUAAAUUAGUUAGCAAUUCCAAGUGUUUUUGAGAAUUCCGAUGGAAAUGUAUAGAAUAACAUUUAGGCAAUAACUUCUGCAUCCUUCUGAAUAGUGAUAUUAAAAAAAAAAGCUGCUGAGCUGGGAGGGAGAGUUGGACUUUUUUAUAAGUGCACUACAGCAUUAAAGUUGCCUACUAUGUAAAAUAUUACCCCUUCUGCUUUAUUUCCAUUGCUCUUUGACAACAAAUUGAAACACAGAAUAUAUUCAUUUAAAUAUGCCUCCUGUUUGUGUGGAUGUGUGAAUGUACAGUAUGUGUGUAAUAUAUAAAGUAUUCUAUGUAAACAAUUCAUUUACAACAUCAAGCUGUACCAGUACCUCUUUUUGGGCUAAUUUUGGUGCUAAAAAUUGAAAUGGCCAAGGAGGAAACACUUGAGUUAAUAUUUAAAAUGACUGAAGCGAUAACCAGUAAAUGCAGGUUUACAGUUCACUGCUGUGUUAAGAAAAAAAAAAGUGUGUGAAGGGUUUGGAUUUACGGUUGUGAACAUGAUUAGUCCUGUUUUCUAAGUAGAUCUCAUGAGAUUAUUAAAAAUUCACUUUUACUGAGUAA